UGAUUUUAUAAAUAGAAUAUCGAGAAAUGAGAUUUGUACAACUUGAGGUUCAUCAUCACUCAAAUUAAAGGGGUUAAUUUUCAUUUUCUUUCUGUUUUUGUCAUACAGAUUUCAGGAGAACAUCAUAAACAGAGGAUUAAUAAUGGGUGAAUCUUGUCCAAUGAAUGGCGGUGACGGUACAUAUAGCUACGCCAAGAACUCCACUGGGCAGAGAGAUGUGGCACGUGCUGUGGAGGAUGCAAUAAAGGAGGCAGUGAUGGAUAAUCUUGAUUUAGACAAGUUGCUGUGUGGUUCGACCAGAUUCGCCGUCGCCGACUUAGGAUGUUCGGUGGGGCCCAACACAUUCUACUCCAUGGAAACCAUCAUCAAAACCGUGCAACAAAAGUCGUCCACUAACAACCUCGAAUUCCAAGUGUUGUUCAAUGAUCAGAUCGGCAACGACUUCAACACCCUCUUCGCCUCUCUUCCUCAAGGGAGGAGCUACUUUGCGGCGGCGGUGGCGGGCUCUUUCCACGGCAGAUUAUUCCCUUCUUCUUCUUCCAUCCACAUCGCAUAUUCCUCUAUCGCGAUGCAUUGGCUGUCCAAGUUGCCGGAGGGGGUGGCGGUGAAAGGCUCUCCGGCGUGGAAUGCCGGAAAAAUCCACUACAUGGGCGCCUCCGACGCGGUGGUGAAAGCUUAUGCAGAUCGAUUCGAGGAAGAUAUGGAGAUAUUCUUGAGAGCUAGAGCUCAAGAGAUUGUAGCGGGAGGAAUGGUAGUGACUCUUCUUCCCGGUGUACCUAAUCCAGAUAUUCAGCACUAUGCCGCCGUAGCGCUUAACUUUUUCGAGUCCAUCCUCAUCGACAUGGUUAAAGAGGGAGUUUUAGCGCAAGAGGAAAUGGACUCGUUCAACGUUCCUAGUUUUUUUAGUUGCAUAGAGGAUAUGAGGAGAGUGGUUGAGAAAAAUGCAAGUUUCGAAAUAGUGAAGAUGGAAAUGGUGGAUGUAACGAUCAAUGCGGAUGCUGAGACGAAAGUAAGGCACCUCAGAGCAUCAACGGAAGGGACAAUGGUGAAUCACUUUGGGAAAGAGAUAGUGGAACAAGUUUUCGAGAGGGCUAUGCAACAGAAGCUCCACUUCACUCACAUGUUGGAUUCAAUGGGGGACAAAGUGUUUGGUGGUAUGCUCUUUGCAGUGCUCAACCGCAAAUAACUCUACCAAUCCAUCUUCUAUUGUGAAAAACGCACUCCAAACCAAAGAGUCGCGAUUUGAUGUGUCUCAGACUCGAGAUCUGUUAGUUAGCAGAAUAUGUUCUGUUAAGGUAAGCGUGUUUUUUCCUUCAACAUAUUAUCCUUCCUUUUAGUUGUGUAAUGUAAUGUGUAAAGGGCACGUCACAUGUAUGUUGUGAGUGCGUCGAAUCAUCAAAUGUAUCACUGCAAUAAAACAAUGGUAAUAUAAAUUGGUUUUUUUUACUGCACUAA